AUGACCAACGUGACGAGCGUGGACUUCCGGAACGCGACCGGAACUGUCACCUACACCUGCCCUGACCUGAUGGGCACGAGGGACGGCAGGUCAGACCAGGUCGUCACUUGCUCCGAGACGCCCACUGAGUACGCCUUUCUGCCGGCUUCCGUUGAGGACUGUGAUGUGUGCCUUGGUGAGCCGACGGUCGGGAACGCCACGACGGACUGGACCGCCGCGAGUCUCUACCUCAUUGGCCAGGCCGUCACCGCCACGUGCCUGCAGGACCACUUAACCGACGGCGACGUUGCAAGCAAGAACGUCUCAUGCACGAGCACUGGCUGGGAAACAGUGGGCGGAUGUUACUUGGCGUGCGUGUCUGCUCCGCCGUCAGCUGGGCUGAACAUGGUCCAAGAAGAACGCAAUAGCAGUGGCGUUGGGAGCGUUAUACACUAUGUCUGUUCUCCUGGGUUUCUCUUGAGGCAGGAUGGGGAGCCAAAAAAUGCAACGACGGUCGUGUGCGGAGACGAUGCGACGUGGCAGAUCUCUGACGAAACACUGGCUUGUGCUAAUCCCAUCUGGACGCUCCCAGAGGCACCCAACGGCACCGUGAUCACAGUGCCAGAUCCCCCCAACUGGCCCAACACAACCUUCGGCUGCUUCUGCCAAGACGGUCUCUGGAGUGCCACAGAGGUCACUGAAACCACCGUGAUGGCAACGCUGGACGGCUGGGUACUACAAGAUCCGGAUUUCUUUUGCAUAAAUGGUAAGCACUUGUUUAGACUCUCAAAAUGGGCGUGCAGGUGAACAUUUUGGCAUAAGUAUGCCAUUGUUCGUUGUGAAAUAAAGUAGUGUUAUAU